GGCAAAAUUAAAAAAAUGAAGUACCUACACCAUAACUUUUUUUCAGACCUAUUGUUUGACGCGCCGACUCCCGCCGCGGCCUCUGACCCCGAAUCCGAAAAUGAUUCUAGCGAUUCGGAGCCAAGUGAUAAAGCUGAGUACAAAUGCAAGAAAUGCCGCAAGACAUUUGACCAGGAAGAGAGUCUCACGAGACAUAUGUUCGCUAUACAUGCGAAACAUAAAAUUCCAGUACCCGCAAAAAAAAUAAACACAUGCAAAUUUUGUUGUCAGUGGUUUACAGAAAAAAUCGAUUUAGAGAAUCAUAUGGAGAUUCAUAAGGUUACGGAGGAGAUAACGGAUGAUCAGUUAUCUUGUGAGGUAUGCGACAAGAAGUUUACAGACGAUUCACAGUUGAAGGAACAUGAGUUAGAAGAACACAAUAUCUACAGAGGUAGACGUGAUGACAUAAAUGCCCCUAACAAAAACGCUGAGAGGUUUAGGGAUGACGAUGAAAACAGAAAAAUCUACCAGUGUGAAUUGUGCCAAAAAAUAUACUACAGUGGUAAUGGUUUGAAAUCGCAUAUGAUGAUACACGCUGGGGAAAAACCACACACUUGUGAUGUUUGCCAAAAGAAAUUUAGGCAUAAGGGUCACUUAAAAGUUCACAUUCAAAUUCACAGUCAAAACAGGCAAUAUCCCUUCAACUGUGAUGUAUGUGAUAAGAAAUUCACACUAAAAUCGGCCUUGGUUCGUCAUAUUCGGACACAUACUGGAGAAAAACCUCAUGCCUGUGAAAUUUGUAAAAAACAAUUUGCACUUCAGUCUACUUUAGACUCGCAUAUGUGCUUUCACAGGGGCGAAAAACCUUUUUCUUGUGAAAUUUGUCAAAAGACAUUCGCAUUCAAGUAUACCCUACAGAAACAUAGGCGCUUUCACUCGGAAACACGCGGCCAGAAAAAAUCCCUUACGUGUGAAGUAUGCGCGAAACAAUUCACUUUAAAACGAAAUUUAGAGAAACAUUUACUCACUCACACAGAUGCUAUCAAUCUACCAAAUUGCACUAGAGAGGAAAGUUUCUGUUGCGAAAUAUGUGGAAGGCGAUUUAGACAAAAAAGCUAUUUGGCUCGACAUCUCAAGGGUCACACGGGAGUGAAACCACACGCUUGUGAUAUAUGCGACAAACGAUUUACAGAAAAAAGUAGCUUGAAAGCUCAUAAGAAAAUACAUACCGGUGAGAAAGAGUACUCUUGUGAAAUAUGUCGGAAACAAUUUGGAUUGAAAGCCACUUUGAAAAACCACAUGAUAAUACACACUGGACAAAAACCGCACGCAUGCAGAAUUUGUAAUAAACAAUUUUCAUAUAAAUGUGCUUUGAACGUUCAUUUAAAAUCAGUUCACUUCAGAGAAAGACCUCACGUAUGUCAUGUUUGCAAAAAGUCGUUUGCUUUGAUAUCCACAUUAAAAAUACAUUUAUUGAGUCACACAGGUAUGAAACCUUUCUCGUGCCACAUAUGUGGCAAGGCAUUCGCAGUGCGAUAUGCAUUAAAGAAGCACCUUUCAACCCAUAGCGGGGCUAGCACGACUAAUCGCGCGCAUGCUGCUAAUCGGGUACAAGCAUCCCACUAUCGACCUUUUCUCUCGCAGUGUAUGAAUUAGAAAUAGAAGAUAAGUUUCAGACUUGACGAAUAGUGGAGCGGUGUCUAUACACCUAACCUAUGUUUGACGUAUAAUAUUAUCAAACGACGUUUAUUAUCAAACCUUCAUUAAGCAUCAAGCGCGCACAUUUUGACGAUAUUUCAUCACUAUCGCGCCCCGGUUAUGUGUGUUUGGGUAUUUAUAAUUACGUAAGUAAGUAUACAUAUUACGGUUAAUGUCAUUAUAAAUCGUGGUAUCUGCCAACGCUUCUUAAAUCAUUUUGAAGUAGGAGUAUAAAUUUAUAGUAAUCAUGGAAUAAAGUUUUCUUCAAAACAAUAAUUAUUAAAUAAACUUCAAAAUAUAUAAGAUACUCUUUAUAUUUUGGUCAGCGUGAGCCAUAAAGUGGUGAAUAAAAUAGUGACUAUGCAUGAAAAUAUUGUUAGCACUAGCAGAAAGAGAUUUGUAGAAUAUUGUUGAACUCGUUUUUUAGAUCGUUUGUACAUUGACCUUAACAGUAUGUAUUUGUAAUUAAAUAAUUAUAAAUGUCAGUAGUUGGUAGGUUAUAUUUUGGUAGAAUCGCCAACAAUUAUGAAUGUAAUGUAGCGCUAUCUAGCGGUAUGCGUGACUAUCUAUAAAAACUAUUUUCAUACCUAUUUACCCGUAUGGCGCUCCAAUACCUAUUAGGAAUUAACCUUACUUAAGUAUAUACAUAAACAUGGAUACAAUUCAAACACAUCAAUGUAAAGAUUAGGAAUUAUAUCACGAUCAACAUGCAAAAACUAUCUGGCUUAAUAUUUGUCAAUGUAAGAAUCUGAAUUGUUGUCCUAUUAAUGUUAAAUAUCUAAAUUUGGAUGUAGCUUUUGUGGUUUUCUUUAAUAAUAAUGAAAAAUAUUUAGUUAAAAGUUUUCCUUUUAUAAAUACAUGUUACAUAGCCGAUUGUGCUUUCCAUUAUCAUCAAAUACUAUAUCGUAGCUAAUAAGAUAAUCGCACCGAUGUGAUUCAUAGUGCGAAUUAAAUGUUAUAAUUCAAUAUAAAAUGUAAGUAUAAUUUUUUUUUAAUCAGUUCACUUUUUAAGUAUAAAUAUUACACUUUGCACUACACACUUUUUUGAUCACAUUUAUUGUAUGAAAAGUAGCUUUAUUCGUAUUUUAAAUAAGCUGUAGUUAACUAAGGUAUGUUAUGUAUAAAUGCUUAUUAUUAAUAUUGUUUUUAAACAAAUAAAGUUACUGUAAUAAAAG